AUGACUAAUAAUUCAGAAGAUGAUGAAUAUCUUAAAGCAUUAGAAAUUCAAAGAAGAAAUUUUGAAGCUCAAUUUGGAUCUAUUGAAGAUUUAGGAUUUACAGAUAAAUCAAAAUCAACCAAAUCUAUAAAUGAAUCAGAAGAUGAAGAAUCAAAUUCAAAUUCAAACUCAUCGGAUGAUGAAGAAGAUAUAAACAUAUCUGGAUCUGACUCAGAAGAAGAUGGAGAAGAAGAAUCAAUAUCAUCUUCGGAGGAAGAAGAGGAAGAACUAAUCAAACCUAAAGUAGUCAAACUCAACUCAUCGUCAUCAUCAUCGUCAACUAUAUCAAAUAUUUCUAGAAUAGAUAAAAAAUUAUUGAAAUCAGGUAGAGCACCAACACUUGAAGAAAUAACCAAAAAACAACACGAAGCAAAUAAACAAACCAAUAAACAACAACAAUUAUCAUCAUCAUCUAAAGAAUCAUCAGAAGAUCUUGAAAAUGAUUUAAAAUUACAAAGAUUAUUAAAAGAAUCACAUAUAUUAUCUAAUUCUUUAGAAUAUUCUGGAGUUAAUCUUACUUUAGAAACUUUAAAUUAUGAAGAUCCAACAGGUAAAGCACGUAAAAGAAUGUUAACUUCAAGAAUAAGAGAUUUAUCAAGUAUAAAUUCAACUGGUUUACCUAAAAAAUUAGAAUCAAUGCCAAUGAAUAUGAGAAAAGGUAUGAUUAAAAAGAGACAAGAAAGAAUUGAAAAAUUUGAAAAUGAUGCUAAAAAUGCUGGAAUUGUUUUAUCAAAAGUUAAAAAAGGUCAAUUAAGAGAUUUAAAUGCUGGUAAAGGUUCUACUUUAUCAAGUGAUAGAAUAGGUACUGGUAAAAAAGUAAUUAAAAGAGUUAGAGAUCGUGGUUUGAAAAUUCAUGGUAUUGGGAAAUCUACUAGAAAUGGUUUGGUUUUUUCUCAAAAUGAUAUUGAUAGAAUUAAUAAUAAAGGGAAAAGUGGUAAAAAUAAUAAUAGAAGAAAAAGAAGGUAA